AUGAUCAAGCGUGCACGAGAUAUCUACGACACUCCUGUGUCCAUAACCCCGCCCUCGAACCGCAAGCGCGCUCGUAUCGACCCUGGCACAAGCAGUCCUACGCGUCCUCGCAUUUCUGCGCUUUCUCCUUAUGUCGGCUCUCACUUUCCGAGCACACCUUACGCCUAUUCGAUUCCAUCCGACUCACCGUCCAAUCCGUUUGGCCUCAAACGCACCUUGGCGGCGCUCACGCUGCCACGGGCAACCGGCUUCGGGAAGCACCUCCCGCUCCGCUUCCAGCUGGCUCACGAGGACAAGAAGGGCAAAGGGAAGGCGCAGACGAAGGAGCCGUCGGCGGAUCUCGAUGGUGUGUACCGCAUCGUGCAGGUGCCGACGAACUACACGUUCCGCCACCUGCAUAAACUCAUUCUCUUCCUACUUGCGUGUGACGCGCACUGGGAGAAGCCGCCUGGUACCACGAUGCCCACACGCCACAGACGCAGCGAGCGACUGCGUAGCGCACCGUCAACGUACAUGCGCGCAAUGCUUGUGGGUGCGCCGGGCCCAGGAUUGAUACCCAGGAGGCAGGACAAGGGCAAAGCAAGGAUGGAUAAUCCACCCAAACCAGCAGUGGCCACGAAGGUCCCGGAGGACUGGGCUGGUCACGUCUUCGAGGUGCGUCAUGACAUCGCGCUAUACAGAAGCGGAUACAAGCCGGGCGUCGUGAAACCAUAUGUCGGGGCUACACGCGUCCGCCUGUCGAGCGUACGCGAUCGAAAGCUGUUCCCCGAUCUGUUCCCGGACGACCGCCAGCCGGUGGCGGAUGAGGAUAUCUUUGGCAGCCCCAGCUCAAGUCGCCUACGAAUGGCAGAGGCAGACACGCAGGUUCCCGGCUUCGACGACGAUGGCGACGAGAUCGAGUGGAGGUGGGAGGCAGAAGAUGACUACACGGUUCGACAGGUGUGGCCAGAUGGGCCUGACCUCUCGCGUGGCAUCAUAUAUCACCACCUCCCCGGCAUCUCGAUCCAUAUUACCAUAAACACCGCGCGCGUGCCGCCGCGUAAGGGUGUGGGCAAUCAGCCCUUCGUCUUUCGCUGGCGGGGGAGUGCGCGAGGCGCUAUUCGCAUCGCGCAUACCGUGCCCAAGAAUUCGCGGAUACUGUCCCAUGACCGGGGCGACGGCGAUGACGUACUAGAAUCAGAGAUCUUUGAGGAUGAGGUUGAGAGUGACACGAAGCGUCUACGGAAGUGGAACGAACGUAAUGCCUUCGCGCGGUUCCUGGCGCGUGAGGGCGAGCGCGAAAGUGCAUUGCUACGACCUCUACGAGGGAAUUCACCUGCGAGACCACGUACGUCGAAUCCAUUCGACAGCUCGCCUAUCCGACCCGAAGCUGUGGCUGGAAGACGAGAAUUAUCACCUUUACCCCCGUCCUCCCCGCCGUCUUCAAGCCCCGCGACGCUGCCCCAGCUGUCUAGCGCCUCGCGCUCCGCAUAUAGCUCCGCAUCGCCGUACUCGGCGCGACGCGGCUUUGCCGUCUCACUAUCAGCACAUGCGUUCUCCGCGUUGCCUGUGAUCACACCCGGACCAGCACAUCCCGCGCUUGCACGUCGCGUCGCGCGUGCCUCGCGUCGCCUGGAGCGUCUGACGCAAAGCGGGCUCGCAGACAUGAGCGGUAGCGAGGAAGAGGUGGACGAGCUCGAUGGCGAUGUCUUGUUCGCCGAAGAUGCGAGCGAGGUGCCAGAACUGGAGCCGGGGCAGGCUGGAGAUGUUGCCCUGGCAGAAGAAGAUACACGUGAAGGAGAUGUGCACAACCCGCAGAUGGGCACGCAGUGGGUUGGGCAGGGACGCGAGGAAGAUUGGGACCCAUUCGGAGAAGAUGAGGUUUGA